UUCACUGGUCUAAGUAAAGGUUUGUGAAGUAGUUGGAAUUUUUCCCUUCAUAUGAUACUAUAUCUAUUACUACAUAUGUAUGUAUAAGCAAGCAAAUAUGGAGAAGCUGGGUACUAGUUCGGGCAUAUAUAGAACGCAAUCUGAUCAACUAGCCAAGAUAGUGGAGGGAGACGCAAUGAAAUCGUUUGACAUAACAAACGAGGCUACUAAAGAAGUGGACAGCCGUCCACUUUCAAGAAAAUCAAGCAGAAGUCAAGUGCUUGCCUCCCCGGGGCGAGGUGGUAUUAGUGAAAGAAACACAUACCUCAAGAAAGGGAAGAGCGCUCAAAUGAAGUUAGAAUUAGAUGAUGUUGGUAGUGGAGCCGCUUUAAGUCGAGCUUCAAGUGCUAGCCUAGGCUUUUCAUUCUCACUUGCUGGAUUCACAAUGCCUCCUGAUGAAAUUGCAGAUUCAAGACCUUACAGCGACGAUGACAUCCCCGAAGACAUUGAAGCAGGCAUGCGUAAAAAGUUCCAUACUGAGCCUACCUUGCAAAUCUCUCUAAAGUUUACGGAAGUGUCAUACAAGAUAAUAACCAAAGGAGUGACUUCCACAGUAGAGAAGGAUAUUUUGAAUGGGAUAAAUGGUGAGGUGAAUCCAGGAGAAGUUUUGGCACUCAUGGGGCCAUCAGGGAGUGGAAAAACGACACUUCUAAGCUUGCUUGGAGGCCGAUUGACAAAGCCAGCCCAAGGAGGAUCAAUCACUUAUAAUGACCAGCCAUACUCAAAGUUACUAAAAAGCAGGAUUGGGUUUGUCACUCAAGAUGAUGUUCUGUUUCCACACCUAACUGUGAAAGAAACAAUAACGUAUGCUGCUCUUUUACGACUACCUAAGACAUUAACGAAACAAGAGAAAGAAAAACAAGCAGCAGAUGUCAUUUGUGAACUUGGUUUGGAGAGGUGCCAAGAUUCUAUGAUAGGCAACUCCUUUGUUAGGGGAAUCUCGGGUGGAGAAAGAAAGCGUGUCUCCAUUGGAAACGAAAUCAUAAUCAACCCUUCACUCUUAUUCCUUGAUGAACCCACCUCUGGUUUGGAUUCCACAACCGCUUUGAGAAUCAUAGAAUUGUUACAAGACAUAGCUGAGGCUGAGAAGACAGUGAUUACCACGAUUCACCAACCGUCAAGCAGACUUUUUCACAAGUUUGACAAGUUAAUCCUACUUGGGAAAGGAAGUUUGUUGUAUUUUGGAAAAGCCUCACAAGCCAUGGAUUAUUUUGCAUCGAUAGGAUGUUCUCCUUUAAUUUCCAUGAACCCAGCCGAAUUCUUGUUAGAUCUGGCUAAUGGGAAUAUGAAUGAUAUUUCUGUUCCAUACGAAUUAGAGGACAAAGUACACAUAGGAAAUUCAGGAAGAGAAACAAGGGGUGGGAAACCUUCUCCAGCAAUUGUGCAUGAGUAUUUAGUAGAGGCUUGCAUAACGAACGUAUCUCAAGAAACGGAAAAGAUGCUUACAAGCCCUACAUCAGUAGAUCAAGACACCAAGUCAAGCGUAAAGUCUGUGAGACGAGGUUGGGGAGCAAGCUGGGGAGAACAAUACUCCAUAUUGUUCUGGAGAGGGAUUAAAGAAAGGAGACAUGAUUAUUUUAGCUGGUUGAGAAUCACGCAAGUUGUGGCAACUGCAGUCAUCUUGGGACUUCUUUGGUGGCAAUCACAAGUUCAUAGCCCAAAAGAUCUGCAGAAUCAGGCAGGGUUGCUUUUCUUCAUUGCCGUGUUUUGGGCAUUUUUCCCGGUUUUUACGGCAAUUUUCACAUUUCCUCAAGAAAGAGCAAUGCUGAAAAAGGAAAAAGCAGCUGACAUGUAUAGGCUUAGUGCAUAUUUCAUGGCAAGAAUAACGACAGAUCUUCCGCUUGAUCUUCUUCUUCCGUUACUCUUCCUGGUGAUAGUAUAUUUCAUGGCAGGGCUUACACUAACGGCUCUGUCAUUUUUCCUAACCACACUUAUAGUCUCUCUGUGCAUUAUUGCCGCUCAGGGGCUUGGACUCGCUAUCGGUGCUGCAAUGAUGGAUUUGAAUAAGGCAACUACUUUGGCCUCUGUGACUGUAAUGGCUUUCAUGUUGGCUGGUGGUUUUUUCGUGAAGAACGUUCCCAUAUUCAUAUCGUGGUUAAGUUAUUUGUCCUUCAACUAUCACACAUACAGACUUCUUCUAAAGGUGCAAUAUGAACAUAUCAGUCAUGUAAUCGACGGGAUAGAAUUAGGCAGUGGGUUGAAGGAAGUUGUAGCCUUGGUAGCCAUGGCUCUUGGCUAUCGUAUAUUGGCAUACAUUUCUUUGCGAAAUACAGUUUAGAUGAGCUUUUCAGUGAUAGACAGCAGCUUCAAAGUGAUUUUUGGCUUAAUGAGGCAAAGAAGUAAGCAGGAAGGAUACAAAAGAACAAGAAGUAGCUACAAUGACCGCAAGAAGAAUUUUCGUUUUCUAUAAAGUUGUGAAAUUACUAUUGGAGACUGUAAUUGACUUGCUAUUGUUAAUUGUAAGCAAUGAGAAUGAUAAUUAAGUAUGUUGAUAGUA